CGGUGUGUGUUUAAUUGUUUAGGUSUGCUACGAGCAAUCGAUUUUUAUCUUUCCUUCUACUUCUAGUUAAAAAUCCAGCUAUUAUGGACCAUUAUACCGAGAUUCGCAUUCAUCCCACCAGAGUUUUUAUUGGGGGAUUAGCUCGUGGUACUUCAGAACUCGAACUGGAAAAUUUUUUCGCGGAAUACGGAGCGAUCACAGAUGUGAGGAUUGUGUGCGAUAAGCAUACAGGUGUAAGUAAAGGAUUUGGGUUCGUCACUUAUGAGACGCCCGAAAGUCGGGAUAGCGUGCUCAUAAAGGAUAAGAUAGACUAUAAUGGUCGCCAACUUCGCUUGCGACUGGCAAUCCGCAGAAAGGGACACGGCCAGUUUGUGACCGAAGUCACCGAUUACGGCAGUCCCAAUGGAUAUGGGGUUCAGUGGGUUCUGGUACCCAAUGAUUACAAAGACUACAGCAUGGUGUAUUACCCACAAUACAGUUAUGGCACUUAUGGUUACUCUGGCUACAUGGCUCCACUUCAAGAAGGAGGAGUAACUUAUUUCUACAUGUAGAUUGUGUAUACAAAUACACACUUUGAAAAGACUUAUCCAGUGUUCACAUUCAAGCACAUACACAGUAUCUGCAUCAUGAAGUUUUUAAUCAUAUUUUACUUUUUAUGUUCUUUUUCUGACAAGAAAGUAAUUUGGGCCGUGUACAUUUUUAUAAACUAUUUAUGUGUAAAGAAAGUGUUGAUGUCUAUGCGUACGUACAAAAAAGUCACCCAUCUCAGCAGUGAGGACAACUAGGAAUAAAAAAUUCAGCAGGAGGAAGACAGCUUAGUAUUGUGAGAGAUGAAGAAAAAAAGUACACGGGUUUACUUUUUUAAUGGCCUGUUUGUAAACAAAAUAAAAUUGUUGCUUCUGGUA